CCACGCUCCCGUCUACCAGAAGGAGGAGGAAUCCCAUUGGCCGGAACCCGCUCAGCUUCACUUAAUACAACAACAUCAGAAAAACAAAACAAAGAUCUUUGAGAUUAGCGACCGGGCUGAGUUUAAACUGGAAGUGGACAGAGCAAUCAAAAUAAGAAGAUUAGACGCAGGACUGUAAUCCGCAGCGCCCCGUGUUUUCAUCCCUCUCGUUAGGAGUGUGCACGCAAUCGAUUAGCUCCGUCUGCAUGUCACGCAGCGCGGUCAGGUCGACCGGUAGGUCUUGUGAUGGUAACAACAACAACACAACAGACAGGAAAGACAGAGAGACGAACUGAAGGCUGCUUGCUGGGUCACAAUGAGACGAUGGCAGAAGGUCCCCUCCUCUGCCUGGCUCUCCCUGACAGCCUCGUCUUGCAGAUCUUCGAGAGCCUGGAGUUCCAGGACGUGCUGUCCGCCGGGCUGGUCUGCCGCCAGUGGCUGGCCGUGUCCCGGGACGAGUUCCUGUGGCGGGAGCUCUUCUACCGGUAUUACGGCAUCCCCCGCGCGGUGCCGCGGCACCCGGCCGCAGUGUCCUGGCUGGGGGAGUUCCAGCGGCUCUUCGACUGCAUCCCCUGUGUGGAGGUGUGCGCUCUGAAGGAGCAUCACGACCAGGUCCUGCACCUCAGCUUCUCGCACUCCGGAUGCCUCUUCGCCUCCUGCUCCAAGGACUGCACCGUCAAGAUCUGGAACAAUGACCUGGACAUCUCCCUGCUGCACAGCUCCAACAUGCGCGAGUUUAACUGGGGCUACACCCAGUUCUCCCAGUUCAACGCAGACGACACCCUGCUGCUGGUGUCGGGCGUCUACAUCGGACGGCACCACUCCUCCUCGGGGGAGAUCGCAGUCAUCAGCCUCGAUGACUUCACGCUCCUGUCGCGCGUCCGGAACAAGCCCUACGACGUGUUUGGCUGCUGGCUGAACGAGUCGCACCUGAUCUCAGGUAACCUGCACUGGAUGGGUAACGUCACCUCCUGCUCCGUGCUGUGGCUGAACAAGGCCUUCCAGGAUGUGGAGUCGGAGAACAUGAACGUGGUGAAACGUCUCUUUAAGAUCCAGAACCGGAACGCCAGCACGAUCCGCACGGUGAUGGUGGCGGACUGCCGGCGCCACGACUCCCCCGAGCUGCUGCUGGACUACGAGGAGCAGGCGGCCGCGAGCGGGGGGCAGCGCGGGGCGCGCCGAGGCCCCCGGGUGUUCGACCUGGGCAGUGACAGCGAGGAGGAGGAGGAGGAGAGGGGGGGAGCGGCAGCGGGGGGGGGCCACCCCGACCCCACCCCAGGCCUGGAGCAGCAGCUGCGAGACAACAUCCUCCAGGGCUGUCGCAGGCCGGACAUCAGCGACAAGCAGCUGGAGGCCAAAGUGUCCGCAUUCCUGGGCAAGACCCGCACGCGGCACGCUGACCCCUCCCUGCUGAGCGACCCCGUGGGGCCGGGGGACAAGAAGUACCUCAUCUUCACCACGGGCAGCCUCACCUACUCCCCGCACCAGAUAGGUAUCAUGCAGAUUCUCCCCGAGCAGAUGACGACCACGGGGCCGGUGCUGGGGAAGGAGCGAAGGUCAGAGGAGUUCUUCGAUUCGCUGGAUCACGUGUUUGACAUCCACGGGCACAUCAUCGGCAUGGGGCUGUCACCUGACCACAGGUAUCUGUAUGUGAAUAGCCGUGCCUGGCCCGCGGGCUGCGUGAUCUCUGACCCCAUGGCCCCGCCCCCGAUCGCGGAGGAGAUCGAUCUGCACGUGUUCGAUCUGAAGACACUGCGCGAGGAGAGGCGGAGCCUGCGGUCCCACCGCGCCUUCACACCCAAUGAUGAGUGCUUCUUCAUCUUCCUGGACGUGAGCCGGGACUUCGUGGCCAGUGGCGCAGAGGACAAGCACGGCUACAUCUGGGACCGGCACUACAACAUCUGCCUGGCCAAGCUGCAGCACGACGACGUGGUCAACUCCGUGGCCUUCAGCCCCGUGGACCAGGAGCUGCUGCUGACCGCCAGCGAUGACGCCACCAUCAAGGUGUGGCGCUCCCCCCGCACCCUGCGGGUCAGCCAGGCCAGCCGCCCGCGUCCCCGGAGACUGCUCUUCAACUGGCUGAGGAACACCAAGCAGAGCCAGAGCCAGAGCUAGAGCCCCUCCUCACUGCAGUGUGUUCCUUACAGACUCCUAUUGCAUAGCCCUGCCACCCAUUCCAGGUUUUACUGCAAGCUUCAUCAGCCACAGCGUAUCCGUAGCUCGGGUGUGUCUUAUUAUUAAACUCCUUGUGAAACCAGGAACGGAUCACACUGCUAUGAAACUGGAGUCUUCAUUUCCAUCCCAGUCACUCCCGGAAAUGAAGUGAGGGAAGGAGCCUAUCAAACUGCAGUGCGAUGUAUCCAGCGUGAAGCCGCGCCUGAGAGUUUUCUGCCCGCACUGCGCUUGUGAGUUCAGUGCUGUGGCUGUGAGCCGGCCAGACGCUGCCAGGGAAGCCUUCCCACUUUGAUUUGUGUUUCACGCGUGCAGAGAGUUUCCCAGCCUCAGCGCUCGGAUCAUUCUAACCACGCUGGACUUCUGAAAGACACUGAAUCGUUUUGUCCCCUUUGCAGAUGGGAUCUCUUCCGCCUUCCUCACAGACACACAGCCUCUUUCUGAGCCACACCGCUCGCUGCAGAACUACAGGAAGAACACAGAUCGAUUUCUUGAUAAUAUUAAUAAGAAGUGAACGUGCUGUGUACCCAGCGAGCCCUCCUCUCCCCGGCGCUUCAUUUCCUUUAGAUCCGCUGUCCUUGCGAAUGUGUUUUUAUUUGAGGUUUUAGACUUUAGCUUUGUCAGGAGCAUUCGGGAGACGAGGACUCUGCGUCAUUAACCCUUUCCUUCUCAUUAAAAAAAAAAAACACCACGCUGCAAGCACUGAUCUGAGAGUUUACUGUAAGAAAAUAUAUCUCAACUGUUUUGUCAGGCAGGACGGCUUUAUUAAAAUAAGAACAAAAUAAAAUGUUCCUGUAUUUAUAAAAAGCAAAUAAAAACCAAAAAUGUAAAAAAAAAUUAAUAAAUAAAAUCACCAAACCUUCCA